ACGAAGUGAAACUGGAGUCAUGGCGGUGGGACUGAUUCUGAACAUUUUUAAUGUUAUCAGCCGCGGAAUAUCCGACCUACCAGAACCAUUUAAGACCUGGUGGGGAUGGACUCGUUUAUGUAUAUAUAAAUGUUUUCGCUGGAUCCCAAAUUUUCUUCGCCCAAUUGGAGACCUGAUUUUUCGACCGAGGAGCCUAAAAGAAGCGGAAAGACAGCAGGAAAGGAGAUAUUCUUCAGAUCCAGAGAGCGGGGAGUUUCAGACCGUGAAUGACUCUACCAGAGAGAACAAUACUGCGAUUAAAGCAGAAGAUGAGUUCAGUGGAGCUGAAUAUAAAGUAGACAGAGAGGAUGACUUCUACUGUCAAUAUGAUUCAACCUGGGAGGCUGAAGACAGUGAGAGCAACAAAACACAGAAGACCACCAGCCCUGCUAGAGGCUACAGAAGUUACAAGUUCAGCAGGUUUGAAAAUGCUGCCAGAGACAUGCAGAAAUACAGACAUAACUAUCCAGGCCAGAACUCCAGAGAGCAAGAACACGAUGAAAAUCCCAAUUUGAGCUUUUACCGUGGGGAGACUCAUUCUUUACCUGAUGGUUUCACAAUUAAUGAAUUCCACCAGUACUGGUAUGGAAACUAUGAAAAACUGGAGCGUGUGCACACCUUUAUUCAGUGGUUGUUUCCUCUGCAAGAACCAGGGAUGAACUAUCAAGCCAAAACUCUAACUAAGAAGGAAAUUCAGGAGUUUCUUGAUAGCGAGAAAGCAAAACAAAAUCUUCUGAGGUCCUACAAGCUCAUGUUGGAUUUUUAUGGCAUCGAGUUAAAAGAUGAGAAAACAGGAGAUGUGCAGAGAGCAUCCAACUGGAGAGAGAGGUUCCAGAACCUCAACUGUCACACACAUAACAACUUGCGCAUCACCCGCAUCCUGAAGUGCCUGGGAACCCUUGGAUACCCUCACUACCAAACUCCACUGGUUAGGUUCUUCCUGGAGGAGACCCUUGUUAAAGGAGAACUUCCCAAUGUCAAAGACAGCGCCCUGAGCUACUUUGUGUUCGCUGUCCUUAGCAAGCAAGAACGAAGGAUGCUUCUCAGGUUUGCCUUUCAGCACUAUGAGCCCAAAGAAGAGUUUGUAUGGUGCCCAAAGAAAGUCCAGAAUGUUUGGUUAGGCCAACAGAACUAUAUGAGAGCUGAAGGACAGAGUUUUAAAAACAGUUCAGAUCAUUAAAGCCUAUAUUGAAGGAGUUCAGAGUCAAUUGUUCUCUACUGAACAGCCAAAAAACAAAUGCAGUCCAUAUUUGCAGUUUUUCUCUUUUUUUUUCUUUUCUUAGUCUAAUGUUUUCUACUGAAUGUAAAUCUUUGGACAGAAUGGUCCUAAUA